AUGAUUCGGAAACGCACCUCGAUGAAAGGCAAGCCGCUGCUGAUCUUGGCGGCGGUAGCAGGCAUUGCCACCGCCCAGGUGAAACUGAGCAGCUUCACCGUCAGCGGCAGCAUCUACAUCGGCUGCGCCGUGAUCAACAACGUCGCCACGGAGACCUUCGACUUUCCUGUCAGCGGACUGACGCCGCAACUGUGCCAUUCCAUGCCUUUUUCGGGUUCGGUCCUACGCCGCCGGGGUCGAGCUCCAGCAAUUCUCAUAGCUUCAGCAGCACGGGUAGCUCUAGCAGCUCUAGCAGCUUCGUUUGAGUAUGUUAGCCUCCACAGCAGGCACUUUACAGCAGUCUACCUCUCUUACUUCUUCCAACGGUUCAGUGACAAGCAGCGAUACUUCGACAUCGGCGUCGCCAGCCUCGAACCUAUCGGCGUCCCCAAGAAGCAGUACCGGGGGCGGACCGCCCUUUUCAAGCGGGUCCAACUCGGUCUCUCGCGCUCCUCUGACGAUCUCGCCCCUUUCGACUUCCACCUCCACCACCACCACCGCCGCCGCCACCACUACAUCCAGCUCGGUCACCACACCGGUUACUGA